UCAAAUUGUCAAACAUGGCUGAUGCUGCAGCAGCACGUCGUGAAGCUCGCAGAAGAAGAAUACUGGAAAACUCUCAUAACAGGCUUAAUUUUAUAUCUGGAAAAGCUAACGACGACUGUCCCAAAGAAACACCGAAAACUUUUUCGUUUACCGAACAGAGUUACGAAAAUCUAGCCGCUUCAAGCAGUAACAGUUUCUAUUUACCGCCUGUGAACAAUGGCGUGGUCGUUCCAGAGGCUGAAUCAGAAGAAUUGUUUACUUUGUUACCCCAUCAACAGUCUGAUACGGCAGGUGACACUGAGAUAGUAAAUGACUUGGCAGCUUUCCUGACUCCGGCCUCUGAACCAGCUCAAACAAAGUCGUUAUCGGAGAAAAUCGUAGCCUAUAAGUACGAUGUAGUGAUAUUGGCCCUGAUAAUACAGUUACUGUACAGUUUGUAUGCAUUUGAGACUGCCUACUUUUUCCUCCCUCUCAUAAUGUAUACAGUAACAAAACUUAUAUGGUUUCCAACAGAAAGUAAAUCUAACAUUGCCAAUGCCUUUCUUCUUAUGAAUGGCUUCUCUGCGAGCAAAGUACAGAAAUUCAUGAAUAUCUCUCAAUGGGUUGGUGUGAUUUCCCAAGAUGUCUGUGUGUAUUUAUUCACUACAAUUUGCAUACAAUCGCUAGGUAUCAUGUUGAGGAAUAAUGUAAUUACCUAGUAACAGCUACAUUUUUACUUUUUAUACAGAUUUAAGGGCAUUGCAUUGACUGAACAGUUAACACUAGCCAUCUAGCAAUACGAUAGAAAGUUCCAUAGUUUGAUUGCUUGUGCCUUCCAUAAGUGAGACAUGACAUGUGUGCGUUUUAGUCACAUAAUGCCAUUUUAGUUUUAAAUAGGGUCAUAUUUGUACAUAAAUUAUUAAUGGGAAACUUUAGUUAAUUUAUUAGAGAAAUUAUUUUUGCUCAAUGCUACUGUCAUCUAUGCCUUAUUUGUAUUUUCUUUGAAUUGGUAAUAAAAAAUAUUAUUUUUUGUUUUAAAAGUCACAAAAGCUCCUUUAUUUUCUGCAUUUAAAUGUAUUUAUUUUCAAUGUUGGUAACUAAUACAUGAAUAAUAGUGGGUUGUUGAGGAGAAAGUAUAUCAAAUUUAUACCAAAUUACAUUUUAUAAUUCCAAUUUUCACUUUCUGUACUAUGAAAUAGAAGCAAUUAAGUAAUAUUAGUAAAAUAAAACAGGAUUUCAUUGACUUUCUAGUCUUCUAUACAUAAUUUAUUUUCUUCUGAAUAUAAAUAAAUACUGUCCUGUUUUAUUUGGCUAAUCAAAAUGACCAUAUUAAAUGUAAAUUACCUAUUAACUAUUUUCAUAUUGAUAGAAUUGAUUAUGGCUCAGGCCGUCUUGCAAUUAAUACUCUCAACACAUUCUUUGUAUCAAGUGAAGUAUAUUUUUAAAGAGUUGAAAAUAUAAGUGACCAUAUUGUU